AUGAAAGGACUUAUUCUUGUUGGAGGCUACGGCACCCGUCUGCGACCCCUGACUCUCACUCUGCCCAAGCCCCUCGUGGAGUUUGGAAACAAGCCCAUGAUUCUCCACCAGGUGGAGUCUCUGGCCGCCGCCGGCGUCAAGGACAUUGUCCUGGCCGUCAACUACAGACCUGAGGUCAUGAUCGAGACCCUCAAGAAGUACGAGGAGAAGUACGGCGUCAACAUCACCUUCUCCGUCGAGACCGAGCCUCUCGGAACUGCUGGACCCCUCAAGCUGGCCGAGGAGAUUCUGUGCAAGGACGAUACCCCCUUCUUUGUUCUCAAUUCCGACGUUAUCUGCGACUACCCCUUCGCCGAGCUCGCCGAGUUCCACAAGAAGAACAAUGCCGAGGCCACCAUCGUUGCCACAAAGGUCGAGGAGCCCUCCAAGUACGGUGUCAUUGUCCACAAGCAGGGCACCUCCAAGAUUGACCGAUUCGUCGAGAAGCCCGUCGAGUUCGUCGGCAACCGAAUCAACGCCGGCAUUUACAUUCUCAACCCCUCCGUUGUCGAUCUCAUCGAUCUGCGACCCACCUCCAUUGAGAAGGAGACUUUCCCCCAGCUGGCUGCCCGAGAGUCUCUGUACUCCUUUGACUUGGAGGGCUACUGGAUGGAUGUUGGACAGCCCAAGGACUUCCUCUCCGGAACUUGUCUUUACCUGUCUUCUUUGUCCAAGAAGAACCCCGAGGCUCUGGUCCCCACUUCCGAACCCUACGUCACCGGUGGAAACGUUCUGGUCGACCCUACUGCCAAGAUCUCUCCCCAGGCUAAGAUUGGCCCCAACGUUGUGAUUGGACCUGGCGCCGUCAUCGGAGAGGGUGCUCGACUCUCUCGAUGUGUCGUUCUCGCCAACUCUACCAUCAAGCCCCAUGCAUUCGUCAAGAACUCCAUCAUUGGCUGGAACGGACGUGUCGGCCGAUGGGCUCGAAUCGAGAACGUUUCCGUCUUUGGAGACGAUGUGGAGGUCAAGGACGAGGUUUACGUUAACGGUGGCCGAGUUCUGCCCCACAAGACCAUCUCCGGCAACAUUGAGAAGCCCGAGAUUAUCAUGUAG